GUGGAUCGUAAACUCCCGAGUUCGUUCCGUCACCUUCUCCGGAAAUUGCCGAGUCCGCCAUAUUAGCCUACUGUCCAGCCAACGCUGCUGUGGUUUAGAAGGCCGAGUAGCCGUAGUGCCCCGAGAGGCAGCCAGCAGACACCAUGCUGCGACUACCUGUUGUCUGCAGGGUUAUAACGAAUGUAGCCCAGGCUUCAAAAAAUAAUGUACGAACAACAUCAACAGCUGCAAGUAACUUGGUUGAAGUGUUUGUGGAUAGCAAACCAGUGCUGGUGGAACCAGGCACCACAGUGCUACAGGCCUGUGAAAAAGUAGGCGUGCAGAUUCCUCGCUUCUGCUACCAUGACCGUUUGUCAGUUGCUGGAAACUGCCGCAUGUGUCUUGUGGAAAUUGAGAAAGCUCCAAAGCCUGUAGCUGCUUGUGCAAUGCCAGUAAUGAAGGGCUGGAAUAUCCUGACAAACUCUGAAAAGACCAAGAAAGCAAGGGAAGGUGUAAUGGAGUUUUUGUUGGCAAACCAUCCAUUGGAUUGUCCUAUUUGUGACCAAGCGGGAGAGUGUGACUUGCAGGAUCAGUCUAUGAUGUUUGGCAGUGAUCGGAGUCGUUUCCUAGAUGGGAAACGUGCUGUGGAGGACAAGAACAUUGGUCCUCUUGUCAAAACUAUUAUGACUCGCUGUAUACAAUGCACUCGAUGUAUAAGGUUUGCCAUUGAGAUUGCUGGAGUAGAUGAUCUGGGAACUACAGGAAGAGGAAACGAAAUGCAAGUUGGUACCUAUGUUGAGAAAAUGUUCAUGUCUGAGCUCUCUGGAAAUAUCAUCGACCUCUGCCCUGUUGGAGCAUUAACCUCCAAACCAUAUGCAUUCACAGCUCGUCCUUGGGAAACCAGAAAGACCGAAUCCAUCGAUGUUCUGGAUGCCCUCGGUAGUAACAUUGUGGUAAGCACAAGAGGUGGAGAAGUAAUGAGAAUCCUGCCUAAAAUUAACGAGGACAUCAAUGAAGAAUGGAUCUCUGAUAAAACCAGAUUUUCUUAUGAUGGUUUGAAGCGGCAGAGGCUGACACAACCAAUGGUCAGAGAUGACACAGGUCAUUUGGUUAACGCAACGUGGGAAGAUGUUCUAGCCCGAGUGGCUGGAGUGCUGCAAAAUGUUCAGGGCUCAUCUGUUGCUGCUAUUGCUGGAGGACUAGCUGAUGCAGAGGCACUUAUUGCGCUUAAAGACUUGUUGAACAGGCUGAAUUCAGAUGUCUUGUGCACAGAGGAAGUGUUCCCCAACACUGGAGCUGGCACUGAUUUGCGUUCAAAUUAUCUCCUGAAUUCAAGAAUUAAUGGUGUUGAAGAAGCUGAUUUUCUGCUGCUAGUUGGGACAAACCCACGUUAUGAAGCCCCGUUGUUUAAUGCAAGGAUUCGUAAGAGCUGGCUUCAAAAUGACCUGCAGGUGGCAGUGGUUGGAAGUGCUGUGGACUUGACUUACACAUAUGAUCAUUUGGGAGAGUCCCCUCAGAUACUCAAGGAGAUUGCAUCAGGAAAGCACCCAUUCAGCAAGGUUCUUGCACAAGCCAAGAAGCCCAUGGUAGUUGUUGGUAGCAAUGCCUUGCAGCGCAAAGAUGGGGCAGCCAUUCACGCAGCAGUUUCUGCCAUUGCACAAAAUGUAAGGACUAGCAGUGGCGUUGGCGAGGAAUGGAAAGUGCUGAAUGUUCUGCACAGAGUUGCAAGUCAGGUCGCUGCCUUAGAUCUUGGUUACAAGCCUGGAGUGGAUGCUAUACGAAGGAACCCUCCAAAAGUAUUGUUCCUACUUGGUGCUGAUGCAGGCACUAUUACACGUCAGGAUUUGCCAAAAGACUGCUUCAUUAUCUACCAAGGUCAUCAUGGGGAUGUAGGAGCACCUAUUGCAGAUGUUAUUCUCCCAGGGGCUGCUUACACGGAAAAACCAGCAACCUAUGUUAACACAGAAGGCAGGGCCCAGAGAACCUUUGUGGCUGUCACUCCCCCUGGCUUGGCAAGAGAGGACUGGAAAAUUAUUCGUGCCAUUUCAGAGUUGGCAGGUAUCACCCUCCCAUAUGACGAUCACGAUGCUGUCCGAGACAGAUUGGAACAAGUUUCUCCAAACUUAGUUCGAUAUGAUGAGGUAGAAGAAGCAAAUUAUUUCAAGCAGGCAACAGAGCUGUCAAAGCUUGUUAACCAGCAAGUGCUUAUAGAUCCUCUGAUCGCCGCUCAGCUGACCAUUAAAGAUUUCUAUAUGACCGAUCCCAUCUCCCGGGCAUCACAGACAAUGGCCAAGUGUGUGAAAGCUGUAACCGAAGGAGCACAAGCUGUAGAUGAGCCAUCCAUUUGCUAAACAGUCAUUGCAAUCUCUUCAAAACUGUGUGAGCUUCUGUCCACCCUAGCCUGAUUUUAAAAAAUAAGGGGUGAUCUAUAGAACAGUGGUGGCUAGCCAUAGUAACUGCAGCUUUUGUAGACUGCAUUUCCAUCAAUGCACAGCCAUUAUGGGAGAGGUGGCCCACAUCAGCUGCAGUACCAAGGAUUUGCUGUACCACCUAUAUUAGAGCAAUGCUGGAUUGCUGCUUUACAUCUGUGCUUGUUUGAAAGCAUAUUUAAUGGUUAUGUGCACCUGAAUACAAAUGAUGCAUCAAAAAUAAAAUGGUGUGUGUAAAAACUACUUAUAAUCUUAUUAAAACAGUUUAUUACAAA